AUGAUGACGUGCCGUCUGCUGUGCGCCCUGUUGGUGCUUGCCCUGUGCUGCUGCCUGUCCGAUUGCGUGAUGGCGAGUGAAGUUGAUCUUCCUGAACUCAGUCCGGACUCUGGUCCAGAAAAGGGACCAGUUGGGGCGGAAGUUAAGCAGAAGGGAACAGAAGCGGACCGAGAACUGGGGAAAGAUGCGCCAAAGGAUCAAGUUGGGAAGGAUACGCAAAACAUACAAGGUCCGCCAGCCGCUUUGGAAGAGGAACAAGAUGGUGAUAAGGGUCCUGGUUUAAAGCUCUCUAGGUCGAACGCGGCAGUUUCAACCGAUAAGUCAGAUUUAACAGGUUUGGAAACCAUUAUUCCAGUAGUAUUAAGUCAGGCGAUCGGUACUUCAGUGGGAAUGAGUACGACCGAUGCGCAGGGGGUGGUGGGUAAUACAGUCGGUACCGCAACUGAUCAAAGGAGAAA